AUGUUUGCGACUCAAUUUUAUGGAAAUGGAAGGCAUAUGUGUGCUAUUCUUCGAUAUGGAUUCAUGGGGGCUAGACAUAUAUGUGGGACAGGUUUUUCGCAGUGUAAGGUAGAAGAACUCGGACCGUGCGAGUUCUUUGGUGAUAAACUUCUGCAUAACAAAUUGCACGGUCCAAUUUGUAUGGUUAACCUAGUCGAAAGAUAUCCCAUACCGGUGUUUGGUGGAUUCGUCCAGUUUCAAACCAAAUAUGUGACGGACGAAGCAAGCAUGCAAGAGAUAUUUUCAAUGUAUAUUGAAAACCGGGCUCAGAUCUCGUUCAUCGAGUUGUAUGUUGAGUUUGAACAAUCUGAGGCUGACCGGAAUAUUCUACGAGAAGAUUAUAAUAGUGACAGUGAAGAAGAGUUCGAAAGUAACUACGAAUUUGUUACUCCAGAUGGAGAUGAAGAUCAAGGUGACGGAACUAUGGCUCCAGAUGUGACAGAGGUGGCAAAUGCACUCGCAAAUGAAGUGCCAUGUCAUAGUUCUCAGGAUCGAACCGAUGCUCGAACGGUUCAGGUGACUGGGUCACUGGUUCAACCGCUGGCAGAAAUUCCUAUUAUCACAGAUGGUGAAUUUUCCAUUGGUAUGGAGUUCAGUUUUAAGGAAGCUGUUAUUAAGGCGAUAAAAGAGUAUACCAUACAACGAAGCGUAGACUACCUGGUGUAUGAGUCUGAGCCGUUGACAUUUUAUGCCAAGUGUACACAGUAUGGGUCAGGGUGUGAUUCGCUUAUCAAGGUUAGCAUGAUCCGCAGGAAGUACUGUUGGAUUAUAAGGAGGUAUAAUGGUAGUCACACUUGUACCAGAGCCACCAUUUCACAGGAUCAUUCAAAGCUGGAUUCUAUCAUAAUUGCAGAAGCAAUAAAGCCAUUGGUUGAGGCUGACCCCUCCUUAAAGGUGAAAUCGGUUAUAGCAGAAGUGCAAUCGAAGUUCAACUACACCGUUAGUUAUCGAAAAGCAUGGUUGGCUAAGCAAAGGGCAGUAGAAAAAAUAUUUGGAUGUUGGGAAGCAUCGUUUGAAGCGUUGCCUAUAUGGGCAUUCAGACAUUGUAAGCCAGUUGUCCAGGUGGAUGGGACUCACUUGUACGGAAAGUAUAAGGGUUGUCUACUAGUGGCAGUUUCACAGGAUGGCAACAACAAUAUAGUCCCAAUUGCGUUUGCUAUUGUGGAGGGAGAGACUUCUGAUGCAUGGCACUUUUUCCUUAGUAACCUCUGUCAACAUGUUGUCACUCGGGAUGGUGUGGGUCUAAUAUCCGACCGACACAAAUCCAUCAAUGCAGCUGUGGAACGCAGAUAUUUGAGGAUGGUGCGGGAGUACGAGGCGCGUUACCAGCGAUUACGGGAAUGGGGCGAGGCGUAUACAAACUGGUUAAACCGAAUUUCUCGCGAACAGUACGCAUUGGCAUUUGAUGGUGGAUACCGAUGGGGUCACAUGACGACGAAUCUAGUGGAAUGCAUCAAUUCAGUAUUGAAGGGUGCACGCAAUCUUCCCAUUACUGCUCUUGUGAAGGCAACAUUCUACAGGCUAAACGAGUUGUUCACCAGAAAAAGAGCGGAGGCAGAAGCGCAGAUUAAUACUGGCCAUGUGUUUUCUGAUGUCGUGACCUCGAAGUUGCAUGCAAACCAACUUGCAUCAGGAAACAUUCAGGUUAGUUGCUUUGAACAGCAGAAUGAGGUCUUUGAGGUGCGUGAGAUGCCAAGUGGACUGGAGUUUGCAGUCGAUCUACGUGGCCUUCGAUGUGACUGUGUUUGGCGGGUGUACCGAGCAAGGUUUAGGCCACUAGGUAAUCCUACUACAUGGCCUGCCUACAAUGGACCUCGGUUCGUACCGAAUCCGUACCUGAGACGCGUCACGAAAGGUCGCCCCAGGAUAACGCGCUUCUUGAAUGAGAUGGACACGCGAAUAUUACGUCAUCCUAGGCGAUGUAGGCUAUGUGGGGCUGAGGGACACAGUCGUAGCAGAUGCCGUCAGUCAGCUGGUGCAAAUGCUGACAGAGCUGCUCAAUAG